CAUUGAUACAGGUUCCGAACAAGUGCGUCCGAUCAUCGUAGCAACGCAUGGUCGUUUCUGUUGGAAUCGAACAUUCUUUCCGUGAUGUUCCAAGUUCACGGCCUGGUCAUAGCAGCAGCACUGGCGCUCGUCCGCUUCGACACCAGUGUCAGGGCUCGCCCACAAGCUGCUCACGACGCCCAAGGAACGCAGUAAGAACUCUACAACCUAUGUGCCGAAAAGCUCGAGCUUCCGAUCGAGGUGUACACCAAUGUGCAAUGUCUAUGCAAGUAAUUGGAUGGACGAACGACUUCCCGGAUGGAUACGUCCGCUGAUGCCCCCUUGGUCGCUGCAACAUCUCGCUGUGCGUCACCAUGCUGUCCAACUCGAACAAGGAGUUUAUUUUGGGGCACGCAGCUCGACAGCUUUCUCACGUCCUCGGACUUCUACAUGCAAACCGGGUUCAUGAUGAUGUCCAAGAUGUGUAUUGUACUGUACAUUCUCAACGCUCGCCUCCCAGCCACCGACUACCAGGUGCUAGCAGAUGUCUACGGCCGAAGAGACACGACGUCGUCCAAGGAGAACGAGACGCCCGCAAAGAAGUCAUACUAAACUAAAUUCGGAACCUGCCUUGAUACCUUUGAUUGGAAGCUCAAGAAAAUGGCAGAGGAGCUGCAGUUGCUAAAUUUCGACUAGCUCACCAAGGGUAAAGUCGGCGCUACAUGG